GAGAGAAACCAGAAAAAAUGGCCGUAGCACGUGCGCCGGCGAGCAAGCUCCGAUGGGGAGAGCUCGAAGAGGACGACGGCGAGGAUCUGGACUUUCUCCUGCCGCCACGUGCCGUGGAGGGGCCCGACGAGAACGGGAUCAAGAGGACGAUCGAGUACAAGUUCAACGACAAGGGGGAGAAGGUGAAGAUCACGACCCUCACGCGCGUGAGAAAUCUGGCACGUGCGAGGCUGAGCAAGAGCGCAGUCGAGAGGAGGUCGUGGGCCAAGUUUGGGGACGCGGCCCACGAGGAGGCGGGGAGCAGGCUGACGAUGGUGUCCACGGAGGAGAUCAUUCUUGAGAGGCAUAGGGCACCAGGUAGCAAAGCAGAAGAACCCAAAAACGCUGGCGACCCACUCCGAGAAAAAGCUGGAGCAGUCCUAAUGGUCUGUCGAACAUGCGGUAAAAAAGGCGACCACUGGACCUCAAAAUGCCCCUACAAGGACCUCGCAACUAAUGCUGAUUUCAUGGACAAACCCCCAACUUCGGACGUACCAACCUCUGGCCCAAGCAAGAACACCUACGUACCACCAGUCCUAAGAGGCGGCGGUGAGAGGCCAGGUGGUACCGAGAUGAGGCGAAGGAACGAUGAGAACUCAGUUAGGGUGACAAAUCUCUCGGAAGAUACUCGUGAGCCUGACCUUCUUGAGCUUUUCAGGACUUUUGGUCCAGUGACUCGUGUUUAUGUCGCGAUUGAUCAGAAGACUGGGGUUAGUCGCGGGUUUGGGUUUGUGAAUUUUGUGAGCAAGGAGGAUGCGGAGAGGGCCAUUAAUAAGCUCAAUGGGUAUGGGUAUGAUAAUCUUAUUCUUAGAGUUGAAUGGGCUACUCCAAGGCCUAACUGAGCUCCAUAUGCUUAUAAGUUGCAGUAACUUUGUUUAGGCUAUGUUGAAGUCGUCAGAUUUUGCUUGGGAGCCUUAUUUUGUAACUUUGUUUUCCUGUUUGUUUGUUUUUUCCCUACUUUGAGAACUUCUGUAAGCGGAAUAACACCGCGGAGUAUUGGAGCAUUAUGUUACAUGUGGCGUCUGGUUGGAACUUCUCUAGGAAACGGAUUUCUUGGGUUUGUGGUUUUUAUAGGUUUUAUCAAAGAUACCGACAGAAUUGGUGACCAA